GUGUAGGCGAGGAGGAGGAGGAGGAGGAGGAGGAGGGCGGCAUCUCGUCCUGGUUCACCAGUGCGGCGAAGCACCUGGACGAGGUGAAGCUGAUCGGAAUGUUCUUUUCAGUGGAGCAGCAACUCAUGGAGGCGCAGGCCGAGGCCGCCUCCCCCGACGCCGGCGACGAGGCGGCUGCCUCCGUGGCCCGCCUGUCUGGAGAGCUGCUGCUGCUGUUCUUCGGCAUGCCGGAGGAGCUGCAGCUGACCUGCGUGUCCAGCCCGGCUAGGCGGGCGCUGCUGGGGGGGCUGCGCAUGCAGGCGGGGCAGGCGGCGCGGUUGGGGCAGCUGAUGGAGAUGCUGGGGGUGGGCUCCGAGUAGCCUGCGCGCGACCCCUGGGCGACAGGAGAGCAGCGAAGUGAGGUGAGAUGAGGGGAUCACCCCCUCCUCACCUCAAGACAUGCUGUUGCUCAGAGGCGAGGCGAGACGGGAG